CCGCAAGGAUCCGUUAUUUCUUUCGAAUUCUGAGGAAAUGUUGCAUGCAAAGAUGACCUUUUUGGUAAAGGAAGUUGGUUUUGAGCCAGUGGAGGUUGCCUUCCAUCCGAAGCCCCUGACAUACAGCUUGGAGAAGAGGUUGAUGCCUCGGCAUCGUGUCAUGCAGAUGUUGAAGGCGAACGAGUUGCAUAGUGGAAGAUAUCAGUUCAGUAGUAUUUUGGUUCCUUCAGAUAAAUUGUUCAUGAAGAAGUAUGUUAUCCCACACAAGGACAAAGUUCCAGGAUUGUUACCGAUGUAUACUGCCGCAUGUGGCAAGGAGGGCACCAUCUAACCUUAGGUAUUCCGAUGUGCAAGGACUUCUCUUCAUUCCCUUCCAUGAAUGCAAUCUAGACCCCUGAAAACCAGAUACGAGAGGAGGCGUCCUCCAAAGCCCUGCCGAGGCCUCGCGAGAGCUCCCUCUCCCUCUCCCGCUCUCCAAGUAUGUUGGCGUUCAAGUCCCCCCUCCUCUUUUACCCCCUCUCUUUCCCCAAGAUCACUCCCUCACCGUCCCUCCUCCCCUCCUUCCAUCUCUGCCGCCUCUCCAUCGCCGCUGCCGCCGCCUUAGAGGAGGACCGACCUCCCAACCACCAUUUCAUGGUGGAGUACCUCGUCAUCUCUUGUGGCUUGCCCAAAGACAAAGCCAUCAGAGCCUCCAAACACCUCACCGCCCUCAGAUCCACCCUGAAUCCCGAUGCGGUCCUCCGCUUCCUCAAACGCCAUGGCUUCGACGACGUCCACAUCCGCCGCCUCAUAUCCUCUUACCCUCCCCUCCUCUGCGCCAGCGUCGACAAUUCCCUCGAACCCAACUUCCAGGCUCUCAAAGCCAUCGGCUUCUCCGAUGCCACCCUCGCCCAGCUCGUCGUUGCAAGCCCUCACUCCCUCAUCCUACGUUCUGCCGCGCCCAGGAUUCAAUUCUGGAGAGAUUUCUUCGGUGGCAACGACAAAUCCCUCCUCCGAGCCUUAAAAAAGAACAAGGGUCUCAUCACCCAUGACAUCAAUAGGAACAUAGCUCCAAAGAUCGAUCUUUUACAGCGGCAAGGGCUGUCGACAGAGGAGAUUGGUUUCCUUGUGCAGAAGGCUAGCCGAUUGAUCACCCUGAGCAUCGAAACGAUUGCAGAAUUGGUGGAGCGCACUGAGGAGCUUGGAUUCCGGCAAGACUCGGGGAUGUUUGUGCAUGGAUUGGUCGCCGUGACCUACGUCAGCAGAGGUUUGCUGGAGAAGAAAAUGGAGCUGCUGAAGAGUUAUGGGUGGUCGGAAAGGGACUUUCUUUCUGCGGUCCGGAGUGCUCCCUAUAUGGUUAUAAACUCAGAGAAGAAUCUCCGUGCAAAGAUGGAAUUUUUGGUAAGGGAGGUUGGGUGCAGCCCGGCCUACAUUGCUUCCCACCCAGCGAUCUUGAUGUAUAGCUUGGAGAAUAGGUUGGUGCCAAGGUACCAAGUUUUGCGACUUCUGGGCUUGAAGGGUUUGAGGGGCAAAAGGCAGGACCUUCUGUCUGCCAUGACAAUUUCUGACCAGAGGUUUGUCGAGAGAUAUAUACUCCUUCACAAGGAGGCUAUGCCCGAGCUUCAGGAAGCUUUUGUUGCUGCUUGUGCUGGCAGAGACCCAUUUUGGUUUCAGAAUAAAUGAGCUAAGUGGAUGAAUCUGAGGUGUUACAGAUCUUGGACUGAAAGAAAAACAUGUCAUGUGGCCACUGCUUAUCUCCAGAAUUCACAGAUCCACGAUCAAAGGGAUCAAGCCAAAUCUUAAGCCUGUCAUUUGGUCCUUACAAAUUGCUUGUAGUUAUGGAUCAUCCUGUCUCUGUAACAUAUUCUGUCAGGAUGUUGGCACCGGUUCUUCUCUUCUAAUGCUAUAUGAUAUUAGGAGACAGCAUAACAUCAAGCCACCAGCUAAACUCGAGUAUCAUGUGACACAAUGUCUUGUCAGGCUUAAAGUUCGAGGACUUUCUCCUCGGUGAAAAAGACAAAGGAAAAUACUCAAUAUCCUCAUAUGGAAUGAACUGCAGAGAGUCAGCUUGCAAACAUGACACUCCACAAUUGAGCUAUAAGGAUCAUGCCCUAUGAAUUUCUAUAUAUUCUGACACUAAAUAUUUUAUACUACUCUCAUUUUGCAAAUAAUCUAAUCUUUUGUAUAAAUUGCAACAACAAAACUAUUCUUCUCCCUGAAACAUUUUAUUUUAGAUUUCGUGAAUAAAAUUAUAGAGUAAC